CAUGGCAGCGCCGGGGGGUAAAUAGACGCAACUUUUUAAUCUUUUCCAGUUUUCUUAUGUAAAUUGAAAACAAUGACAGUUAUCACGACAAGACAACUCUCUAGGGGAACUCUUGGUUUAGUGGCAUAAAUUUCAGUGAGGGACAUCGCCGUUUUAGCUCGCAAAAGUGUCCUGGAUUGUUGAGGUAAAAUUUGGUCUGCCCCCCUCCCACUGACAAGUACACGUGUCAAAACAUAAACAGAGUCAGCUGUCGCGAGGUGUUGGAGUUGGGCGGGAACCACAGAACUGACGGAGUUUUUGGCAACCAUGGGCUGCUACUGCAGCAAGGGCCUGGUCACCAUCAACAACAGGGCCUUCUACAUGCAGGAAAGGAUUGGAGAAGGGGGUUAUGCCUACAUAGAUCUGAUAGAAGACAAGAAAUCUGGGAAGUUUUUUGCUCUGAAGAGGAUCACGUGUCAUUCCAAGGAGGAUGAGACUGAGGCACUGAGAGAAGCAGAGUACUGUAGAAUGUUUGACCACCCCAAUAUCAUCAAGGUUGAGGAGUUUACAACAGUCAAGAAAACCCAGUCCACAUCUGUAUGGAUAGUUUUCCCAUUUUACAAGCUGGGUUCUCUACAAGACCUGAUUGAGAAGAUGGCCAAGAACAAUGGACACAUCCAUGAGGACAGACUACUGGGCAUCUUCAAGGGCAUCUGUGAAGGGGUCAAGGCCAUGCACGAGGCCACUCCUGCACCGGUCACUCAUAGAGACAUCAAACCAGCCAAUGUCCUGUUAGAUGAGAACGACACCCCCGUUCUGAUGGACUUUGGGUCCAUGGGUCCAGCCAGGGUGGAGAUUAAAGGGUCAGGAGAAGCUCAAGCCAUGCAGGAUCUAGCAGCUGCCAAGUGCACCAUGCCCUGGAGAGCUCCUGAACUCUUCCAUGUGGAAAGUCACUGUAUUAUAGAUGACAAGGUGGACAUUUGGUCCCUAGGCUGUACCCUGUAUGCCAUGGUGUACCUGGAGGGUCCGUUUGAUGCCGUGUGGCAGAAGGGAGACAGUGUGCAAUUAGCAGUCCUCAGCAGAAAUGUCAAGUUUCCAGAGGAUCAACAGUCAUUAUACUCUGCGGAGUUGUUAGACCUGAUUAACGCCCUACUGGUGGUUAACCCAGCCGAGAGACCAAAUAUCAACUGGGUGAUCCAGAGGGUGGAGGAUCUGUGUAUUAAUGCCCUGGCUGCUAACAGGGUCUAAUCUACUGUCACUUAAGUCCUUUAAUUUUAAUCUUCCACAUCACAAGUAUCCUACAUAGUAUAGUAUAGUAUCCUGGCAUUUUUUCCAGCCUAGGGUCCACUACAAUUGUCACUUGAGACAAAACGUCUUUUUGAGCAGGGUUUCAAAAUGCUAGGUGCAUAUGCACCUUAAUUAAUAUCCUCUUCAUCCAAGACAUUGUAAGACCAUGACAUAUAUGCACCUUAAUGAAGGUAAAAUUGGAGCUGUGCAGGUAUUUCUGAUGUCUACCUGCACCUAACCUGCACUGGUCCAUGUACUGGGUUUAUAUGUACAUGUACAUGUUCAUGUAUAUGGAUUUUUAUUUUCUGCAGUGAAUGUUUAUGAAGUAUAAUGGUUUAAUAAGUCUUUAUCUUCAAGAUAUAACAAAGAAAAUAACAGAAAUAACAAAACUGCUUUAUACAAGGCCAGGAAACUACAGUACAUGUAGGUUUUUAGACUUUCUUUUUAAAAUUUUUGAGCAUUGGCUACUCUUUUUACCUUGCUUGCAGUCAUGCUUUGCAUUCCAGUUAAAUAAGUUUAGAUGUAGCAGGGUUGACUUUAUGGUAACUUCUCCUUUACAGAGUGUUGCAGAUAUGAUAUUAACUCUAUAAAUAUCUGUAUAAAAAUCAUUUCUUAUAUUAGGCAACUUAGUACAUCUGUACUGUUAAAAAGAGUUAUGGCUACUGUAUAUGGUGGGGAAAUAAUUUUUGGAAAUGAGAAUAUUUAUUAGUCUCAAAAGAGAGAUUUUACUUUCAAAAAGUUUUUGUCAAUUUGGGAUAUUUACUGGCAUUAUCUAAACACUUACAUGUAUUUUGAAUGUAAGGUUUAAGUUAUAAAUACUAAAUAAUUUCACAGUCAUUUUCCUGUGUUUAAGCUAUUCUCAACUUCAUAACCCUAUAACCUAUAGAGUCAAACAGCUACUUCAGUGUGGUUCAAGACUUCAUCUAUUCUACAAUCAAUCAUUUUCUCUACAUUUUCCUUUCAAUUGUCAAGUAGGUCGGGAUCUUUUGAAGUAAAAGAAAAAAAAUGCUAAAUGAAAGACAAUCCCAAGAAAUGUGUUAAAUGCUGUUGGCUACAUGGGGUGCAAUAUACAUGUAGCCAAGGGUUUGUUAUCUUGGAGGUUAAAAGCUGAAUGUACAAGGUACAAGUUAUAUUGUAUAGUUAAUGGAACUACAUGUAUGGUGGGUAUUUCAUGCAAUGGUUAUUAUAAGCCAUGACAGUUUAGAAGAAAUUAACUUUAAACUGUUGAAGGCAACCCUCUACAAGAUUUUUGUAGACUCUAUUAUAAAUUUAUCCUAUGUAAAGAUAUAUAAAUUUGCAAUUUAAGGCUAUUAUCCGAGGAGAUGGUAUUAAUAAUGGUAUCUAACAUGGAAAAUGCAAUGGUCAUCUUUGUUCCGGAAUCCUGGCUAUCUCUAUAUAUAAGAGAAUGAAUCUCUUAGUUUCAAGUUUAAGAAAUGUUAUGAUGUAGUACUGUUUCAAAUAUUGUAAACCUGGCAACUUGAAUAUGAAAUGCUGACAAGAGAAUUCUUCUGUAAAUUACAGAUUUAACUUUAUAAAGUUAAUUGCAAGUUUGCAACUUAAAUAUAAAAAUUCUAAAUGUCUUACUUCUA